AUGUUUGGCCAACUCAAGAUUGCAGAUACAAUGACUACUGUCGCUUCUACUGCCACCGAGGCCCCAACCUGGAAAUUGCGACUUCGAAGUGCUCAAGCUCAGAUUAAGGCUCAAGAAUCUCAAGGCACCAUUAACAUUACGGCAUACUUGGCCAACCCUGAGUCCUUUGGCAUUGGCCAUCAAAGUCUUCACAGCGCUGAGGAUGGUGUUGAGAAACUGAACCAGCAUGCGGGGAAGCUGAAGGAUCAUUUGACAUUACUCCGUGCAAACUCUGCCUCUGAUGACAAAUUUGAACCCAUCACCAGGGCUCUUAUUCAGGAUCAUCAAAAUCUAAGUGACGAUCUCAAGGUCGUCACAGAUAGGCUUCAAGACGAUAGAGUAGACAAACGAACGGCCAUGGAGAGGAUGAGAGAAGCCCGCCAGAGAGCAAAGAAGCAGUCUAUCGAUAGUAUCGAUAAGUCAUACGAUAACGCUGUUGAAAUUACUGAACAUCAACCAGAAGAUCAACAGGAGACGGCAGCAGAUGCGUGGGUCCUCAUAUACGACCAGUUUCUAGAGCUGACUGAUAAAAUUUUCAAUUUGUUCUUAGACAUGCACAAUGCUAUUUCGCAGUGGCUUGUAGAUGUCUGGGAAAAUGUCAAAGAGGCGUGGAACAAGAUGAAGGGGGUUUUCGUAGAGAUAUGGCAAUGGUUCAAUGAUUUGUUUGGUUGA